UAAUUCCGUCGUCGAAUGCAACUCAUUCGCGAUUCAUCCACCAUCCGGCAAAUUACAAAAACAAGAGUCAGGCUUGCCAAGCUGUAACGAUAUCUCACGCCUUUUUUAUUCCCCUUUUAAAUCCGAUGUGAUGGAAAACCCCCGGAUAGUAAUCAUCCAAAAUUAACAACUCUACUCUAUUUGCGCGCCGCUGUCUAUCUUACACCUUGUUUUAAUUCACUCCUUCAGCUGCCACGAGUAUGGCUACUCACCCUGAAUUGAAAUUAUGGUACGACAAGCCAGCACUGCAAUGGGAGGAAGCUUUGCCGGUUGGAAAUGGGCGACUCGGCGCGAUGAUAUUUGGCGAUACCAACGUUGAUACUAUGAUAUUGAACGAGGAUUCCGUAUGGUACGGCGGCCAGAUUGAUAGAUGCUCCAAAGAUGGUCACAAACAUCUAGCAAAGCUACGAGAACUUAUUCGAAAUGGGCAUCAGGUCGAAGCUGAGAAAUUGGCUGAACUCGCCUUCUUCUCCAGCCCCUUGGGGCAGCGACACUACGAGCCAUUGGCCAACUGCACAAUAGAAUUCGGGCACGACCUUGAAAAAGUUACCAACUAUCGUCGGGAAUUGGACCUAUCCAACGCUUCUGUUGACGUUCACUACGACUUGGACAAUGCAACAUACACCAGAUCCACCUUUGCUAGUUUUCCGGAUGAGGUGUUAGCCACUAAACUGACCAGUUCCGUUCCUGGAAAGCUGUCCUUUACGGCCUCUCUGGAUCGAAUGAAUGGCGAUCCCAUGGAUUACAAUUCAUAUCACGACGGUGUUACUGCCAUUUCAAGCGAGAAUAGUUUGAUUCUGCAUUUGACCCCUGGUGGUGUAGGAAGCAAUCGUGCAGCAACCGCUAUCAAGGUCAUUGUUGAUGAAAGCGCAAUUGUUGAAUUUAUCAACAAUCAUAUAGUGGUGACAAACGCUCAAACGGCUUGGAUACUAUGUGCAGCUCACUCGACGUUUAGAAAGCAAGACCCGGCUCAGGCAUGCCUUGAUACAUUUGAAGCCUGUAUGAAAGUUGGCGUGGAUAAUCUUUGGAAACGUCACAAUGAAGACUAUACUUCAAAUUUCAACACAUUGUCCCUAUCAUUGGGCAAAUCAAACGAGCAAUCUCGCUUGUCGACUGAUAAGCGGCUUGCUGCUUUCUCUGAACCAACUCAUGAUCGUCACAGUCUGGAUGAUUCUGGCCUAAUUGCUCUGUAUUAUCAAUACGGUCGGUACCUGCUCCUGUCUAGCAGUAGAAACGGACCCAAUAGACCGCUUCCAGCUAAUCUUCAAGGCAUAUGGGGAACAUUAAUGCAACCUGCUUGGGGCGCCAGAUUCACAACCAACAUCAAUCUUCAAAUGAACUAUUGGCUAGUCAACUCAGGCAACAUCUCAUCGUGCGAAGUCCCGCUUUUCGACAUUAUGGAAAGGUUAGCGGAUAGAGGCAAGGAAGUGGCCCAAUCUCUCUAUGGCUGUCGUGGUUGGUGUGUUCACUCCAACACUGAUAUCUGGGCUGACUGUGCACCUGUGGAUAAAUGGAUGCCCGCGACUUUAUGGACAUUAGGUGGGCCAUGGCUUUGCCUCCACAUUUGGGAGCAUUAUCUCUUCAAUGGCGACCGCAGCGUAUUGGAAAGAAUGUAUGAAGUAUACAAGGAAUCUGUGCAAUUUUAUUUGGACUUUCUGGUGGAGAGUGGAGAUGGACAGUAUGCAGUUACGAGCCCGUCUUUGUCACCUGAGAACACCUUUAUAUUGAAGAACGGUACGCAAGGACGCCUGUGUGAAGGCUCGACUAUUGACAUUCAAAUUCUGCGUGCCUUUUUCACCGCCUUUUUGGAAAUAUCGACCAUCCUUGACAAAUCUAAUCUAGUUUCGGAAACACAAACGACACUUAGUAAGCUUCCGCCCAUGCAAAUAGGAUCGCAAGGUCAGCUGUUGGAGUGGCAAGAGGAGUAUGAAGAGGCUGAGCCUGGUCAUCGCCAUACCUCUCACCUCUGGGGCCUGUAUCCUGGUAAUUUGAUUUCGCCAAACACAACACCACAGCUGGCUGAAGCUGCCAAGGUUACGCUACACACUCGAACACAGCAUGGUGGUGGCCAUACAGGAUGGAGUAGAGCAUGGAUGAUCAACCUGUGGGCAAGACUACUGGACGGUGAUGAAGCUUUGUUCCAUAUUAACUCGUUGCUUGGACACUCCACCAUGCCAAACCUUUUGGACAUCCACCCCCCGUUCCAGAUUGAUGGUAAUUUCGGAGGCGCUGCAGGUAUCAUCGAACUAUUUGUUCAGUCUCAUGAGAAUGUUAUACGGCUUUUACCAGCACUGCCCAACGUGUCCAGUCUGGAAGAUGGCCAUAUCAAUGGAGUUUGUGCUCGUGGCGGCUUCGAAAUUUGUUUCUCAUGGACGGGCGGAAAGGUUGACUUGCCAGUAAAAAUCAAGUCUAGAGCUGGUCAUCCUUGCGCUAUCCAGCUAUCGUCAUGUGAAGUAUACCGAGAGGACGGAACAGCAGUGCCACACGUUAUGAAAGAAGACGUCAUUUACUUUGAUACUGCCAUAGACACAACAUAUGUAAUUAGAUAGAUUUAAUAAAGGCAUAGAACUCUUUAUUUUCAUUCAUUCUUAAUCAA